AAAACAAGUGCUGUAAUUCUGGUUACCAUAUCCAGGCCUAAAGACCACAACACACAUUUUCUGGAUUGAAACGUUGUACAAAUACGUCUGUAAGGGCAUCUGCCAAACCGGUCCCUCCUCACCUGAAACCUGUACAAGCAAGCUACAGUAAAGUAGGACAAAGCUCCUCUUUGUGGGUCAGUGAUGCAGCGGGAGUGACGCAGCAGUGACAGCAGCCUCCAGAAGACAACUAUACACAGCAGGAACAGGGGACCUCUGCCAGAACCAUGGUCCACAGGCAACUUCCAGACAGCAGAGAAGAGGGAAGAUGGUGAAGGCCUAAUCUCAGCCAAAAAGGAAAAGAACAAGAGCCGGGCUGUCACUGUCCUUUCCUCCUCCUAAACAAACACCAGAGAGGCUUCCACAGUGGCAGAGACCUUCCGCACAGAGACAUUUUGAUGACUGUGGUGUCCCCGUGCACUCAGAACCUGAUGGAUAGUGCUCACCCUCACACUGUGCUCAGUAAGCUCAAUGAGCAGCGCUCACAAGGCCUCUUCUGUGACGUCACCAUUGUGGUGGAGGAUGUUAAGUUUCGGGCCCACAAGAACAUCCUGGCAGCCUGCAGCGGGUACUUCAGGAACGCUCUGACGACUCCUGAGACAUGGAGCUCUGGCCAGGUGCUGGAGCUGAUGGACCUGAAGUCGGAGGUGUUCGCCAGUAUCCUCAACUUCAUCUACUGCUCAAAGGUGACGUCACCUGGUGCGGAGGACACAGUGGGGCUGGUGGCAGCUGGGAAAAGACUUGGAAUUCCCUUUUUAGAGAAGCUUGCAGAACAAGAGAAGCAGGGUGAAUGUGUUAAAUGCACGGACUCCAGCGCAGCCCCAGUGUCAAAAAAAACAAAGAACGAAGCUCCGAGGCCUGAGGACAUUGAUACAGGCCCACGUAUAACAAAUGCCUUCUCUAUCACUGAAGUUUGUCCUGGGAACAAUCUUUUCACUCAAACCAACGGGGAAAAGGAGUCACCAGAUGUGGGACAGCUGCCAUCAAGUUGCCCCACAACCUCCUGCCUCAACGUGAACAAUGAGACAACCCAAGCCCUUUCAGAGCACUCGUAUGCAGUCUGCAAAUCUACUGAAGGAAAAGACAACAGUCAGUGGGACAACAAGAAGGUCUGCAAGCCUGCAAUAUCUCAGCCAAAACUCAUGUACAGGAACGCAGGCCCACUUAAAAAGCGCCACAGGCUGAGAGGCACUUCGUAUCAAAGUAUACUUCCAACACCAGCUGAACCACAAACAGAUAAACCAAAUACAAUAACCCCCAUGUUAGCCGUUUCUGCAGCACCUGUUGCAGUUAUGACACCACCACCGCUGUUUUCAGAGGCAGAAACAGAAAAAAGUACGGACCCAGUGCUACCUACAGUCAUUGACAAUGUUCAAAUGGAGUUAGGUCCCCCAACCCUUUCCCCUCACACAGAGGAGAGCAUUUCAAUCUAUGGAUGUGACCACUGUCCGGAGAUAUUCACAAAUAAAGCUCUUCUCACCAUUCACUCAGAGGUGCAUAAAAAGCGUUUUGUCAGUCAUUUGUUUUGUAAGUUCUGUCGCAGAAAGUUCAUACACCUCAAACGGCUGCGCAACCACGAGCAGGUCUGUCCCAAAGCUGCAAGAGGCCCACCUAAACUGGAUGCAACUGGCUCAUCAACCAAAGACACUGAACUCCAUAUAGAUGAUAACACGGAGAGCUUAAUCCCUUCUGAUGAUCCCCCAACCCCUUGCUCUCCAGAGACCCCUGAAGUGGACCAAUCUGAGCCUCAACAGGAUGGGAAGGUGUUGAGGCCGAGUGCCAUUCAGAGGAGAUACAACUGUAGUGUGUGUAAACGGGUCUACGUCACCCUAUCCAGUCUGAAGCGGCACGAGAACGUACAUUCCUGGCAGAGGGCAUACCCCUGUCAUUACUGUAAUAAAGUGUUUGCAUUGGCAGAGUACCGUACAAAACAUGAAAUCUGGCACACCGGUGAACGGCGUUAUCAGUGCAUCUUCUGCCUGGAGACAUUCAUGACAUAUUAUAUCUUAAAGAACCAUCAAAAGUCUUUUCACGGUAUUGAUCCCAGUCUAGCUGUUAGGAAAAAAUCUGCCAACGGUGGUCUGAAAGCCAGUGUUUAUCCAAUCAAACUCUACAGGCUUCUGCCUAUGAAGUUUAGAAAGAGGCAGUACAAGACAUACAGUCAGACAUAUUCAGAGAGUGCUGAGAGAGGGGACGAAGCCCCACCAGAGAGCUCUCUCAUUCCUCCUUUUGAAGAAAACGGUCUGAUCAGCCCUGACACCGUCACAUUCCCUUUGACAUUCAUGGCAACGACAAAGAUGGUGGCUCCUGUAAUGCCUCGCAUCAGCUUUGACAAGCCAUUUGACCAAGAUGUUGACCAAAAUGAUUUGGAAAAUCAAAGAGGCACAAGAAAAGACGCUGAAAAUAGAGAUUCCCCCUUCAUUGACUAUGAGAGUCCCUUCUCUUUGCAAGCUGAGUCUCCUGCAGUGGGCUACAGAGAUGAUCCUCCUGUACUUAGUAACUCAGAGCACAUCAGUCAUAAUGUGCCAUUCUUAAACUCUUUGAACACUGUUAAAAAGUUAGGUGAGCUAUCAGCUUCUGCAAAAAGAGUUGAGGAUAUGACCAAGGAGAUACUUCAAUCCAGCACUGAGAAUCUUGUACGCGAUAAAAGGGUGGGGGCAAAGACAGAAACAUAUAUCGCAAAACCUGCAUGUCCCGGUCCAUCUGUGGACGGUGCUGCCAUGCCGCUCUGUCAGAUAACGGUGAAAAUAGGCAACGAAGCCAUCAUCCGCCGCCGAAUCAAAGGAUCUAAGCUCUUCCCCAGAAAGAAAAGAAGAAUGAGAGAACUGAGUGAGGAGAGGAGCCCAAGUCCUCCAACACGGGAAAACUCAGAAAGCCCACGACUCCGCCUGAGACCAGAAGCAACUUCUGCGACAGAGCCAGAGACAUACGACGAUCCCAAUGACGGCGACACAGCUGAUAUGCUUUGGCGUCCCUACUAUUCGUACAAAGCUAAAAAGAAACGGAAGAAGUUGAGAUUCAAGCACAGGAAGGCUUUGUUUCACAGGUAUCCCGAAACAUCUGUAGAGAGGACUACAGCCAGCGAGGCCCACACUGAUAAAAAUAGUUGGCCGACAGAAGAGAGCGUUUCCGGUGGCAGCGGAGAGGUGAAGCGUAGUCUCAGCAGGAACUCCAGCCCGAGGGCCACCUACAACUGUGACAUCUGUGACAGCUCUUUUAUCACAGAGACCGGUCUGAGAGCUCACGUUAUUGGUUCCCACCCGUGUUUCUGCCGGACCUGCGGUAAACAAGGUCCCCCUGGCGAGGCACCUGCUGGCGGAGAUUACAUCUGCAACAGCUGUAUGGAAAACGGCUCCUGUUUCGACAAUACACCCCGAAGCCCCAACCCGGAGAAGAAGUACCGCUGCUCCUUCUGUCCCCAGCGUUUUCUCUACCUCGCCACGAAGAGAAGCCACGAGAAAAAACACCAGGAGACAAAUGAGGAGGGAUACAAUUCUGACAGCUUCACACCCUGUUCUAAAUACUCGUCACACCUGAGUGAAGACGAUAAACAAAACACCAUCAAGACGGAAGAUAGUGACAAUCAAGUGGAAUUAAAAAGUGAAAUGGUGGAUGGACAUCUUUCCAUUGAUAAUAUUAUGCCUAAAAUCGAGGAUACAACUGACUUUAUGUCUUUAGCACCCUAUCAAGACAUGCCGUAUUCCAACAUUAAAAGUCCAUUAUCACCCUGCAUUGACCCACUGUUCUCCGUGACACCCUCAAAAGUGAAACACAAAAUGGCGAAAAAAAGGCUCGACGCCCAGCAUUCUAUGCAUCUCAUCUCAAAAAGACAAGCGUGUGACAGAGACACCGACAGCAACAAGGACUUUUUGAUGGGACCGACAACGACAAGUCACAAUGAUCUUGAGAAGUCCUGUAAGCUCUUUAGGAGAAGUGACUCUGAAACAAAAGGAAGCCACAUUUCUCUACACAAGCCGGCGAAAUGGAGGUGCAAAGAGGAGCCAUUUUUUUAAAGAUCUUCAAGGGCCGACAAUUGGCAAAACAGAAAGUGAAUGAAACUUGACUAUAAGCCUCUGCUUUUGGUUAGGAAAUGUAAGAGUGUUGUACGGUGGCCCUGAGAGUUCACAGUGCUGCAACUGAAGAAAACACAUGCAAAUACACAAACAAAACAAACAAGAAAAUUGAGAAAACAUCUUCAUCAAUUUAGAAAAUGUGCUGCAAAGACCACAACACAACACAAUAAGAAAACAUGCUGCAAAUAGACCACAACACAACAGAAGUGUUUCCAGAGGACAUUUAAAAGUGAUGCACAAUGUCUGGGCACGCUUGUGAUAUUAUCACGUUAUUUCAAGAUAAUUAUAAUCUCACGUUAUAACAUACACGAUCAUAUAACGUUAGCUGGCGAUCGAUAGCAUGCUAGUGUUAGCAGGCGAGCAAGACCAAGACCAACUCGGUGCCGUUGAGAAGACCAACUAAAAUGUUUAUCAUGCAUUUAUUUGAUUUGUUAACUGCAAUGUGAUUGAUACAGGCUAGCGGGCUAACGCUAGCGGGCUAACGAUAUAUAUUACGUUAUAAAAUGAAAAUAUCAUUAUCAUGAAAUUAUCUUGAAAUAAUGUGAUAAUAUCACAAGCGUGUCCAGACGUGUGCAUCACUUUUAAGUGUCCUCUGGAAACACUUCUGUUGUGUUGUGGUCUUUGCAGCGUGUUUUCUAAAUGCUGCGCUUGUGUUGUCAAAUUGAUGAAGAUGUUUUCUCAAUUUGCUUGUGUUUUGUGUAUUUGCAUGUGUUUUCUUAAGUUGCAACAUUGUGAGCUCUCAGGGCCACCGUAGUGUUGCAUCUGAGCUCAAUAAAAUAUUUUGAAUGGACAACACCGAACAUGAGGAUCUAACAAAUUUCCUCCCUUUUAAACUCAACGACUGAGUGAUUUUUUUACCUUUGUAGACAAUAUUUUUUUGGAUAAUAUAGGAUCUUCUGACACGGACUGUACUUUGUUCAUUGUCUAUGCAUAUGUGGCAGACUCGGUAACAUGACUGUAAGCAAUUUCAGAACACGAGUAGGAUGUUUUAAAAAAAACUCAAAAGCUGCCCAAUGUGGUUACAUCUUCACUUUUUAAAAUAUGUCUGGAGGAAAACAGUAAAACAUUUUUUAACAACACAGUCACAUUUCUGAAUCAGUUAACUGGCCAUGGUGAGUUGCACUUUAUAGUUAGACUAUGCUAAUCUGUUGCUUAAAUACUUUGAUAUUUCAAUUCUAAGCACCAUUGAUAUAAUUCUAAUUUCUAUUUAACACAAUUGAGA